AUGGCUGACUACAUGUCAAGACACCCAGUUACCUCAACACAACACAGGAACUGGUCGGAAGAGUAUGUGAAUUUUAUCACGUUAGAAUCACUUCCACGUUCGAUGGAAUUGGAUGAUGUGAGGCGAGCCACAAUAAACGACGUAACACUACAAAAGGCUAUUGAAUUCACACGGACAGGGGAUUGGCACACAAUGAAGGAUAUUGGACUGGAUGACGUUGAUUCUGAAGAACUUAAGGCGAUUAGUUCAAUACGUGAUGAACUGACUGUGAAUAGUGACAAUCUAUUAUUACGUGGUACUCGCAUUGUUCUUCCCAAAACGCUGCAGGAUAAGGUCAUAGACAUUGCACACAAAGGCCAUCAGGGGAUGACUAAAACAAAAGCUUUUCUACGAUCUAAAGUUUGGUUUCCUCACGUGGAUGGAAGAGUGGAGAAUCGUAUCACAAACUGCAAACCGUGUCAACUCUUGAUUCCAGAACGACAUAAUAUGGAACCCCUGCAGAUGUCCGAACAACCUUGGGGACCUUGGGAAAACCCCAGCAUGGACUUCUGUGGACCACUCCCGACUGGAGAGUAUCUUUUUGUGAUAAUUGAUGAGUACUCUCGUUACCCUAUCGUUGAAGUUGUGAAAUCAGUCUCGGCAAGGUCCACUAUUCCUGUACUCGAUAAGGUCAUUAGCGUGUUUGGUAUUCCAAGAGUUAUCAAGAGUGGUAAUGGUAGCCCAUUUCAGUCACAUGAUUGCAGAAGUACCGGUAUGCAGAGCACAUGGGUUUUACACAUAGACGGAUAA